AUGGGCAUCUGCGCGAGCUGUCUCGGCCUUAAUCGGCAGGCCGCGCGAGAGGCGUCCGAGAGCGAAGGUCUCCUGUACGAAGACGCAGCUCAGCCUCAGUAUGGCACCGUCACCCCCGGCGCGACACUGCCAGAGCCCGACCCGGAAGAGUUGAGAAGGGAGCGCGAAGUUCUGGAGCGCAUCUGUGCCCAGACAUCCAACGAGCUCAUCGACGUCCUCCAUCACGACUCGAAACUCGCCAGCGACUAUCCAUACCUUCUUAACAAACACUUCCCGCCCUCUUCCAGUGGCGCCUCAUCGCCCACCAGCACAAUUGUCGACGAAGACGCAUGGCUUGCUGCUACCCAGCCUACAGACCGUGAACUCUGGGCCUCGGUCAAGGGCCUCAACCCUGGUGGACUUAUUGUCGACCUUAAUCCCCCGAAUUCUGCACCACGCUGA